UCGCGCCAAAACGAUCGCGUUCUCCGUGAUCAAACGGUUAUUAGAUUCUUAUUUUUUACGUUUGUUAUUAAUAACAUUUAUAAUAAAAAAAUUUGUUCUGUGCUGUCACUUAAUUUAUUGUAUAUACUUAUUGGUGAAAUUGUGAUUUUAGAGACAAACAAGUAAUAAUACAACAAAGAAGGAAAUUACUUUUUUUUUUGUUUGGGUAUAUUAAUUUGGUUAUUAAAUUUAUUAAAAUUGAAAGUUUGACAUCAUGGACGAAUACGAAGCUGAUCAACGUAUUAAGCUUAUGGAGCGGGAGUAUUUGGACUUCCUUGACGAUACGGAGAAUUCAGAAAAAUAUGCAAAUCUUGUAAAAACUAUGAUUGAGGAAAAUAAACGUAGACUUUAUGUGAAUAUCAAUGAUUUACGUAAAAGAAAUCCGAAACGUGCCAUAAGUUUAUUGGAAAAUUCAUUUGAAGAACAAAUGGCCUUUGAGAAUGCAUUGAAACAAUUUGCUUCAUCAAUUGACGCGGAUUUUGCAAAAACAAGUAAAGAUGUAUUUAUUGGAUUUGAGGGAAGUUUUGGUAGUAGACACGUUACACCAAGAACUUUAACAUCAAAAUUUUUGGGCAAUCUUGUAUGUUUAGAGGGAAUUGUUACAAAAUGUUCAUUGGUAAGACCAAAAAUAGUGCGAAGUGUGCAUUAUUGUGAGGCAACAAAAGCAAUUACUGAUAGAGCGUACAGUGAUUUAACAUCAUAUGAUGCAUUUCCUGCAUCAGCAGUUUAUCCCACAGCGGAUGAAGAUGGAAAUCCAUUGGAAACACAAUAUGGUUUAUCAACGUACAAGGAUCAUCAAACUUUGUCUAUUCAAGAAAUGCCCGAAAGAGCUCCCGCUGGACAAUUGCCACGAAGUGUUGAUAUUGUUUGUGAUAAUGAUUUAGUUGAUGUUUGUAAGCCAGGCGAUCGUGUGCAAAUUGUUGGAAAUUUCAGAUGUCUACCAGGAAAACAAGGAGGAUACACCACUGGUACUUUUAGAACAAUUUUAAUUGCCAACAGUAUUAGUUUAUUGAGUAAAGAACAAAAUUUGACGAUAUCAUCGGAAGAUUUGGCGAAAUGUAAGGAAAUGUCGAAAAAUAAGAAAAAUAAUAUGUUUCAAUUAUUGAGUAAAUCAUUGGCGCCAUCAAUUUAUGGUCAUGAUUUUAUAAAGAGGGCGAUUUUAUGUUUAAUGUUGGGAGGAACGGAGAAAAUCCUACCAAAUGGCACGAGACUUCGAGGAGACAUAAAUGUUUUGUUGAUUGGCGAUCCUUCGGUGGCAAAAUCACAAUUACUUCGUUAUGUUUUGUGCACGGCGCCAAGGGCAAUACCAACCACAGGUAGAGGUUCGUCAGGUGUUGGUUUAACAGCUGCCGUAACAUCGGAUCAAGAAACUGGUGAGAGACGAUUGGAAGCUGGCGCUAUGGUUUUAGCCGACAGGGGAGUUAUUUGUAUUGAUGAAUUCGAUAAAAUGUCAGAUAUUGAUAGAACGGCUAUUCAUGAAGUUAUGGAACAGGGUAAAGUGACAAUUGCAAAAGCUGGAAUUCAUGCGAGUUUAAAUGCACGUUGCUCUGUAUUGGCGGCGGCAAAUCCUGUUUAUGGGAGAUAUGAUCAAUAUAAAACGCCAAUGGAAAAUAUUGGUUUACAAGAUUCACUUCUAUCUCGUUUCGAUUUACUCUUUGUUAUGUUAGACAUUGUUGACACAGAUCAGGAUAAUGUUAUCAGUGAUCACGUUGUGCGAAUGCACAGAUACAGAAAUCCCUCAGAACAAGACGGUGAAGCUUUACCAUUUACAAGUAGUUUGGAUGUAUUGAGUACAAAAAAUCCCGAUGCACCUGAAAUUGAGGAAAAAGAAUCUUCCAUCUACGAGAAAUAUGAUCCCCUUCUUCAUGGAAGUUUACGUUCUAGAAAGGACAAAAUACUCACUAUGAAUUUUAUGAGAAAAUAUAUUCACAUUGCUCGUUGUAUAAAGCCAAAAUUAACGGAUGAGGCAAGUAAAGUGAUUGCUGAUGAAUAUGCAAAACUACGUUCUGAGGAUAUAUUGGAAUCAGACGUAGCGAGGACUCAACCAAUAACGGCUCGUACACUUGAGACAUUAAUUCGUUUAUCGACUGCACAUGCGAGAGCGCGUCUUUCAAAUAAUGUCGAGGAACAAGAUGCAAAUGCGGCUAUUCAAUUGGUACAAUUUGCGUAUUUCAAAAGAAUAUUGGAAAAGGAGAAAAAGAAACGUCGACGACAUGAAGAUAAUCAAGAGAGUUCGGACGAUGAGGAAAUUGAAAACGAUGAGAAUAAUGAAAAUGGUUCAUCAGUGAGAAGAUCAAAAAGAACGAGAGUGAAUCCCGGUGAACCGGAUUAUGAUCCUUAUGAUAUUGAAAAUGAUAUUGAUUCACAAGUUGAAGCCUCACAAAGAGUGACGCGCGCACAAAAAUCGAGCGUUGAUUCUACACAAAAAUCAUCAAUGGAAGUUGAUGAACCCAUUCAAAUAAAUACCGAAAGACUCCAAGUGUUUAAAACAUUAUUAAAUAAACUCUUUACUGAACAACAUGCCCAAUCAUUGCCUGUGGAAAGAAUUCGUGAAUUCGUUAAUUCACAACAAAGAACUGAAUUUUCUGAUGGCGAGAUGAAAGCAGCUAUUGAAAAAAUGACAGACGAAAAUCAAAUAAUGGAAGCCGAUGGUCAAGUUUUUCUUAUUUAAUUUCAUUUUCAGUAAGUUUAGUUAUUUUUUUUUUUUAAAUCUACGAAAAAUAUUUUUCUACUAUUGUACAAUUUGUACAAAACUAUAUUUAGAUACGAAAGUAACGUUAAUUUUUAUUUAAAAAAAAAAAAUUUUUACUCUUAUUAUAUUUAAGUGAGUUUAUAAGAUAGAUUUAAUUUCUAAAUUUUGGAUUUAAAAUAAAUUUUCAAUGGAUAUUAAAUAAA